ACCAGCUGGGCUGUAUCAUUCCGCAGGAAGAGGUGGAGUGAGUUGUUGUCGUGUUGUGUAGCGGGUGCCGUGCGGGUGGUUAUAGAAGCCGGGAAAGGAGUUUGGUGAUUUGUAUGUUGUUGUCGUUCAACUGAAAAUAAACUGUAAACAAUGUUCCAUCUUAAAGCCGUUUCAAGAACAGUCGGGGCUCUGAAGCAGAGCACACAGUUCGAUGUUGGUGCUCUUCUGAAAGUGUGUCCUGCGGCGUUUCAGUUACGGAAUUCAAGAUCAUAUUCAGAUCAUCAAAUUCCUGAGCGUUUAAAGGAUGUGCCUACCGCAGAAAAUCCACGAUUUUUCGAUAUGGUUGAGUACUUCUUUCACAGAGCGUGUCAGGUAGCGGAGGACAAAUUAAUUGAGGAUAUGAAGGAAAGAAGGAUGUCUGUCGAAGACAGGAAAAAGAAAGUAAAAGGUAUUUUGAUGUUAAUGCAAGGCUGUGAUCACAUAAUAGAAGUUUCUUUCCCUAUCAAAAGAGACAGUGGAGAUUAUGAAAUGAUCACCGGUUACAGAGCACAGCACAGCACUCACAGGACCCCUUGUAAAGGAGGUAUUAGGUACUCGGAGGAUGUUACACGAGAUGAAGUAAAGGCCUUGUCAGCUCUGAUGACAUUCAAAUGUGCCUGUGUGGAUGUUCCAUUUGGUGGUGGGAAGGCAGGGCUGAAACUGAAUCCUCAGAAGUACAGUGAACAUGAACUAGAAAAAAUUACAAGACGAUUCACUCUCGAGCUGGCAAAGAAAGGGUUCAUUGGGCCUGGUGUUGAUGUGCCUGCUCCAGACAUGGGUACAGGAGAACGAGAGAUGUCUUGGAUUGCCGAUACGUAUGCCAAAACUAUUGGUCACUUGGAUAUCAAUGCUCAUGCUUGUGUUACUGGAAAGCCAAUAAAUCAAGGAGGAAUUCACGGAAGAAUUUCUGCAACUGGGAGAGGAGUUUUUCACGGUCUGGAAAACUUCAUAAUGGAGGCAAACUACAUGAGCAUGAUUGGCACAACACCAGGCUGGGGUGGGAAGACGUUCAUUGUGCAGGGAUUUGGUAAUGUUGGUCUUCACACUAUGAGAUAUCUGCAUCGUGCAGGUGCCGUGUGCAUAGGAAUAAUUGAAAGAGAUGGCUCGAUCUACAAUCCAGAAGGAAUUGACCCAAAGCAACUAGAAGAUUAUCGUAUUGAAAAUGGAACUGUAGUAGGGUUUCCUGGAGCACAGCCUUACCAAGGAGAGAAUCUUAUGUAUGAAGAGUGUGAUAUUUUUGUCCCUGCAGCUAUUGAAAAGGUUAUCACAAAGCAAAACGCUCAUCGUAUCCAAGCAAAGAUUAUUGCAGAGGCUGCUAAUGGACCUACAACACCAGCAGCUGACAAGAUACUGAUUGAGCGCAAUAUUCUUGUAAUCCCUGACCUCUACAUCAAUGCCGGUGGUGUCACAGUAUCAUUCUUUGAAUGGCUGAAGAACUUAAAUCACGUAUCAUAUGGUCGGCUAACCUUCAAGUAUGAGCGGGAGUCUAACUACCAUUUGCUCGAAUCUGUUCAAGAAUCUCUAGAGCGAAGAUUUGGCAGAGUGGGUGGCAGAAUACCUGUUACACCUUCUGAAGCAUUCCAGAAGAGAAUCUCCGGUGCUUCUGAAAAGGACAUUGUACAUUCUGGCUUGGACUACACAAUGGAAAGAUCAGCAAGGGCUAUCAUGAAAACUGCCAUGAAGUACAAUUUGGGGCUUGACUUAAGAACUGCAGCAUAUGUAAAUUCAAUAGAAAAAAUAUUUACCACUUACAAGGAGGCUGGUUUGGCUUUCUAGAAAGCAAGUUCUUUCAACAUGCCAUCCAUCAUUUUAUAAAGACAAAUAGUCCUGUAGCUGAGAAUAUGUUUGGAAGCAUUCCACAGUCUUCAGUUUUACACAACCUUCUGUAUUGGGAGGUGAAGAUGAUUCUGAAUGGAAAUAAAAGGAAAAAUGGAAUCUUUACUUUCAGUUCUCAGAAUUUUAGAGAAAUGCAUUUUCUGGAUGUAAUAUCAUCAUCUUUAGUUAAGAACAUUUCAAUUUAGAAAUUCUGACCAUUAACUGUACUUAAACUAGUAAGAUAUUAAUCUUACUUAAUUGAAGAUAUUCUUAGACCUGUCCAUGUAGCACAUAAUAUAGCAAUGCAUAUUAUUGUAUUUUUCACUUCAUGAACUGAAUGCUUAUAUUUCAUUUCUGCAAUGAUAUUAUGUCCAUCUCAAUUUGAUAUUUUUUGAGAAAAGAACAUAUUCAUAGUGUCCUGGUUUUUGUUUUGUCCACAGGAUCACACUAAUUGAUAACCAUGUAAUUUGGUAAUGUUCUUGCUCUGUGAUAAUGUCUUGUGUAAAUGUGCUUUGAGCCACAUUCUAACUUGUGUUUAACAUAAGUCCCUGCCGACCUUGUGUUAAUUUUACAUGAAAAGCAUUUAAAUUUGCUAUUAACUCUCCCAUUACGCACUAAUGAAUAUCUUUCUGUUGGUGUACAAAUACCUCUCUGCUGAUUAAUAUAAUUUGAUAGAAACUUUCAAUUUGUGAAACAUUUGUGUGUGUUAUACAUAAGUUUCAGAGAAAUAUACACAGAGAAACUUUUAACUUUUUGAUGACUGUAAUGCAGUGCUGCAGGAAGUCAGUGUAACAUAUAAUGAAUGUGAAGCACUCAAUAAUCAGUAUUUUUAUUUUGUUCAUGUAUUCACUGUGCUUCUCAGAUGUGGCUAUUGUCUUCUGUACUUUACACUUCAUAAAUAUUUAUAAGUACAUAUUUAAAAAAUGCAGUUAUUUGUUUCCACACCUUCAUGUGAUACCUAAUAAAAUAAAGAACUCUAUUUUUAUUUCUCUA